UGGGGCAGAGGCGGCGCGCGGCGCUGACAGCUGAGUCCGCUCGCGGCCUCCCACCCCCUUGGUGCCCCGCCUUGACCCUGGCCUGGCCUGCCCGGGAGUCAUGAGUCCCGGGCUGCUGCUGCUUGGCAGCGCCGUCUUGGUCGCCUUCGGCCUCUGCUGCACCUUCGUGCACCGCGCUCGCAGCCGCUACGAGCACAUCCCCGGGCCGCCGAGGCCCAGUUUCCUUCUAGGACACCUUCCCUACUUUUGGAAGAAGGAUGAGGUUUGUGGCCGCGUGCUCCAAGAUGUGUUUUUGGAUUGGGCUAAGAAGUAUGGGCCUGUGGUGCGGGUGAACGUCUUCCACAAAACCUCAGUCAUCAUCACGAGUCCUGAGUCAGUCAAGAAGUUCCUGAUGUCCACCAAGUACAACAAGGACUCCAAGAUGUACCACGCCAUCCAGACUGUGUUUGGUGAGAGGCUGUUUGGCCAAGGCCUGGUGUCCGAGUGUGACUACGAGCGCUGGCACAAGCAGCGGAGAGUCAUGGACUUGGCCUUCAGUCGCAGCUCCUUGGUCAGCUUGAUGGGAACAUUUAAUGAGAAAGCAGAGCAGCUGGUGGAGAUCCUGGAGGCCAAGGCCGACGGGCAGACCCCGGUGUCCAUGCAGGAAAUGCUGACCUGCACCACCAUAGACAUCCUGGCCAAGGCAGCUUUCGGGAUGGAGACCAGCAUGCUGCUGGGAGCCCAGAAGCCUCUGUCCGGGAAAGUGAAGCUAAUACUAGAGGGUAUCACUGCAUCCCGCAACACCCUGGCAAAGUUCAUGCCUGGGAAGUGGAAACAGCUGCGCGAGAUCCGGGAGAGCAUCCGCUUUCUGCGCCAGGUGGGCAAGGACUGGGUCCAGCGUCGCAGGGAGGCCCUGAAGAGGGGAGAGAAGGUCCCUGCCGACAUCCUCACACAGAUUCUCAAAGCUGAAGAGGGCGCCCAGGAUGACGAGGUUCUGCUGGACAACUUUGUCACCUUCUUCAUUGCUGGCCACGAGACCUCUGCCAACCACCUGGCGUUCACGGUGAUGGAGCUGUCACGCCAGCCAGAGAUCUUGGCCAGGCUGCAGGCCGAGGUGGACGAGGUCAUCGGUUCCAAGAGGCACCUUGACUACGAGGACCUGGGGAGACUGCAGUACCUGUCUCAGGUCCUCAAAGAGUCGCUGCGGCUAUACCCGCCAGCGUGGGGCACCUUCCGCCUGCUGGAAGAGGAGACGUUGAUCGACGGCGUCAGGGUCCCUGGCAACACCCCACUCCUGUUCAGCACCUACGUCAUGGGGCGGAUGGACACAUACUUUGAGGACCCACUGACUUUCAACCCAGAUCGCUUCGGCCCCAAAGCACCCAAGCCAAGGUUCACCUACUUCCCCUUCUCUCUGGGCCCCCGCUCCUGCAUUGGACAGCAGUUUGCUCAGAUGGAGGUGAAGGUGGUCAUGGCCAAGCUGCUGCAGAGGCUGGAGUUCCGGCUGGUGCCCGGGCAGCGCUUCGGGCUGCAGGAACAAGCCACGCUCAAGCCACUGGACCCCGUGAUCUGCACCCUGCAGCCCCGGGGCUGGCAGCCUGCACCCCCACCCCCGCCCUGCUGAGGGGACCUGCGGCAGAAUUGGACUCCUCGGACAAGGGCCGUGCCCACCCUCCUCUGCAGGCCACUGCCACCACCCCUCCUCCCCGUCCUCUUCCUCGGGGGCACCCUCCACGCUGGCUCCCAGAGAGCCCUCUGCCAACUCCCUCCUGCUUCACAUCCCUCAGAGACCCCUGUCUGCUGCUAAUUCCACUGCCCUUCCUGGACCAGCCUCACCCCGAACCCCAGCUGCCACCCAGAUAUGCCAUUGUCUGCCCUCACCUCUUUGCACAGGCCUCUCCCUCUGCCAGAAACCCUAACUCUUGCUCACUCCCUGAAGCCCCCUUCAGGUGUCACCUCCUCCAGGAAGCCCUCCCUGCCACCCCCGGCUGGGCCAGGGGCCCCUCCUCUGUGCUCCCAUGGUCACCUGUGCUACCUCUAACACCACACUGACCACUGUAUCGUGAGUGUCCUUCCAAGUGACCAACCGCCCUGCCAGGCUGUGAUCGCCUAGGGUGCAGGGUCUGUGUGUGAUUCGUCUCUGAGGCCCCCCAUGCCCUCUGAGGGCCUGGCACAGAGUCGAUGCUCAAUAAAUAUGUGUUGACUGCAUGAAUGA